AUGUUCGGCGCGAGCGCGUUCAUCGAGCGCCGCGUGCGCCGCGCGCGGUUCGACCAGGCGCUGAUCGACGACGAGCACCCGACGCCGGCGUACGCGACGGCGCAGCUCGCGGAGAUGGCGUCGGCGCUGACCGGAGACGACGCGCGGGACGCGUGCGAACACCUGACGCGACGCGCCGAGCACGCGUCGCCGUACGUGCAGCGAAAGGCGCUGCGACUGAUCGCGAAGUGCUGCGAGGGAGGCGAGCGGCGCUCGACGACGUUCGCGAGGGAGAUGGCGAAAUUGUCGAGCCGCGUGCGGGCGCUGCAGACGGCGACGGGGGCGCCGCAUCCGACGAAGGGAGACGCGCCGCGCGCGGCGGUGCGAGACGCGGCGAAGGAGUGCAUGGCGGCGAUUUUCGGGAGCGAACGCGACGCGGGGAGCGACGCGGGGACGAGGACGGUGGGAGGGCGCGCGAUGGAAGGGUUCGGGGAUGGACGCGACGCGCGGGCGGUGGAGAGCGGCGCGGCGGACGCGUAUCGAACGACGCCGCCGAGGACGACGAAGCCGGGAACGUUGGACGCCCCGUUGGGGGACGCGCUCAAGUCCACGCCGAAGCUGCGCGUCGAGGCGAGUGAGGCGAAAUGGAAACCACUUCGACCGCCGUCGCCGGUGAAGAAAGUGGCGGCGGCAUCGACGAGCGGCGUGGGGGAUUUGCUUUCGGACUUCGCGUCGGCGACGCCGGCGCGAGCCGAGACAACGGCGCAGACGAGCGCGAUGACGUCGAGAACGAGCGAGGCGUUCGUUUUAGACGGCUCCGAGGAGAAGCGCGCGAUAGAUAAGCUUUGCACGCCGAGCGGCGUAAGAUUGGUGCCCGCGGAAGCCGACGUCGAAGAUUUCUUGCGAACGGGAUCGAGAUUGAACGCUCAAGGCGUCGUCGUCGCGCUUUCGGAGCGUUUGCUGACGUACGCUAGCGGCGAAGAAGGCUGGCGCGGCGCUUAUCGCGCGGUGAACGUCCUCGAACGCGCCGCGUCGACGAGUUCGCAUCGUUGGCUCGCCGAUGUCUUCGCGAACUCGUCGGCGAUGGAUUUGCUCGACGCCGUCGCGAACGACGCGUCGACGCACGCGCAGUUGAAGCACAAGGCCAAAGCGUGCGCGGAGGCACUUCGACGCGGCGCGACGUCCGGCGCGACGCCCGGCGCGGCGCCCGGCGCGGCGCCCGCGGCGACGACGGAUUUACUCGCCCAGCUCGGCGACCUCUCCGUCGCGUCGCCGCCGACGGCGCCGCCGACCGCGUUCGUCGACCCGCUCGCCGGUCUCACGACCGACUUCGCGUCCGCGCCGCCGUCCUCGUACGUCCCACCGACCGCACCGAUGCGCGGUCCCGGGCUCGAGGCGCUCCGCGACGUCCCCCCGACGACGGACGCGACGCGCCUCUCGCAAACCAAAGCCUUCGAUUUCGUCGGCGACUUGCUCAAAUGACCCGGUCGCCUCGUCUCGCGCGCUCGUUCGACGCCUUCGACGGUUGAUU